AAAUGUCUCGAGGAGGAAUUCUUCUCGUAAAGUAAUUUUUUUAACACUAAUUCUUUCAAAAUGCUGCACAGACGUGAAAUUGAUGAAUGAAAUUCAACUUAAAAUUGUUUAUAUUUUUUAUAUUCACCUGAACAUAUUUAAAAAUGUGCUUCUCGCAUGACAGAAUAAACCAUCAUUAAUAACACUUUGAAGGAAGGAGUAAGUAUUGAAGAUUUCAGUUGAUGUAACUGGCAUUUCAAUCACAGCCAAAGAAGUUAUAUAAAAACAGUUGACCAAAGUUGUUUUUUUCACUGAUGAGUGUGAAAUCUUUUAUGUCAAAGAUGAGAAACCUGGCUGCAUUUGAUUUUGAUCAUACAAUCAUCGAAUUGAAUAGUGAUGCAGUUAUAGCUUCAACUGUACAAGGAGGAGUGCCGGAAAGCGUGAAAAAUCUCCAUCGAAACAAUGGUUGGACUGCCUACAUGCAAAAAAUUUUCGAAUUACUUAAUAUGGAAGGAUAUUCCGAAGAUUUCAUAAGAAAUACCAUUAUAAAAUUGAAUCCGGUUUGUGGUAUGAUCGAUCUGAUCGAAGAAUUAUCUUCAAAGUUCAAUUAUGAUGUAAUUAUAAUAAGUGAUUCUAAUUCAUACUUUAUCGAUGCCUGGCUGAAUAAUUAUGAUUUGAAAAAGUGUGUCCUCAGGGUAUUCACUAAUCCUGCUCAAUUCAAAGACAAUCUUUUGAUGAUCGAACCUUACCAUUUACAAGAUUACUGUGAUUUGAGUAGCAAGAAUUUAUGUAAAGGUCAAAUUCUGCAAGAUUUUGUUGCAGAACAGGAAAAGAAUGGUGUUCUCUAUGAUAGAAUCAUAUAUGCUGGUGAUGGAGCAAACGAUUUGUGUCCAAUAUUGAGAUUGAAAAUUGGUGAUCAUGCGUUUGUUAGAAAUGGAUUUAAAUUAGCAGACAUAGUUAAAAAAGUUGUAAAUGGUGAUAUGAAGGAUAAGUCUGAAAAUUUGUAUGAAAUUAAAGCCAAAAUUCACUAUUGGACUGAUGCUCUAAACAUUUUAGAAAAAGUGAGAAACAUUCAUGAUGAAAUAAAUGAUUCAUAAAAUUAAAUGUAUUUUUUCUA